AUGCCCUUUACUUCCAAGUCACUCAUCACAUCCAAGUGUCUUUUUUACGGACAUGGACGGUUUGGUACCAGAAGACGGCAUUCUCUCAGCUGCCCCUCAACACGCAACCAAACUCCGCUAUGGCCUCAAAAUCCCCGUCCCUCCCCUCACGAGAUCUUGGGCAUCGAAGCUGAGAAGCCUUACAACAAGGAACGUUUUCGAAGGCUUGUCAAGUUGUAUCAUCCUGAUGUGCACGGACAGAACCCCUUGGUCAACUCUCUUCCCCGAUCAACGCGCUUGGAACGAUACCACCUCAUUAUCGCGGCCAACGAGCUCCUCAGUGACCCCAGCAAACGAAAGAUGUAUGAGAUGUAUGAUGUGGGAUGGGCUUUCAAGAACCAAUAUCGUGGGCCACCUACUCCGAACCCAACAUCCACGUGGCCAGGGUCGGGCCCUUACACGUCGGCCGCACAAGAUUCUGGACAUGCCGGUUGGACGGGGCACUAUCCAACUAUGCGCCAGGAGCCUAUAUACAUGUCCAAUGGUGGAUUCGCCAUGCUCCUUCUUUUCAUUGCCAUGGGCGGUGCCAUUACACAGCAUGAGCGAGCCAAGAAGGCAAGACUACGGCACAAGACAUUGGAACUUGCUUUCCAUGACUCCAUCCUCAUAGGUCUACAAGACAUCAUCUUUUCCUCUGGUGAUAAACAAAAAGACGAGAGAGUGUUGGCGUUUCUAGCUCGUAGGCACCUAGGCCUAGUUCGGACUCCUGGUCAUCACCACACGUUGGAAAGCGGACUAGAGGGUAAUAUCUGCCGAUAUUGA